AAAUUUUGGUCUUAUUCAAAUAUUCAAUAUUCAUACUUGCAAUAUCGAAGGGAAAACAACUGAAUACAACUUAAUACCAUUGAUGGUUCGUUUGCCACAACGAUUGCCACUUCGGAUGGUUGAAGAUACAAGUAUCCACAUAAACCUGCAUAUCUUCAUGUGGAAGCGUAACUCUCGGAUUGAGAUGCUUCAAGAGCGGUUGAAACUGAAAUGCAUUAACCAUUUGGCAGCGGCGUUAAUGCAUCUCCGAUGGGCAAUAAAUCGCGUUGGCCGCAAUAUGUUUGGGCCACUUGAUGGCCCUUCAGCGGACAAUUGUAAGUUGCCAUCACCGCGUUAUGUGGAGCAAGUGCACAAACCUUACCUUAUUCCGGGCAUUAUGCAAUGACUAUGGGCCCAAAGUCUUGGGCUCCAUGAAACUGGGUCGACGACACGCCCUUCUCCAUCGCCUUCUCCGGCUGAUAGGCUCACCCCCACCAGCUUUUGUGGCUGUCACUCGGAGAGCUGGGCAAUUGUAAAUUGAUUUGCCACGAUCGAGGGAUAGAGAAAUGGAUUUCUGAAAGUCACGCAAAGCCAGCCGGCAAAGCCGAAACGAGUUGAAACGACCACUGCGCCCGAUUAUGAGUAAUUGCUCAGCGCUGUUCAUUGCGCUGGUCAGGUCUUCUAUAUAUGGCCCAACCACAGACUUAUCCAGCACAGUUGUUCCCAUUGCCUCAAUCGACAUGGCUUACUUCCAGUUCCUCAGCGUUGCCUCCAGCCUGCUUCUACUCCUGGCACCCACCUGGGCGGGUUUGAUUGCCCAACCGACCAUCAGCUAUGCUGGCGAUGAGCACGCGGUGGCCCACACCCAGCAGAAUGUCGUCAGGAGCUUCGAUGGCACCGUCUCGCACUACGCCAAGUCGCUGGCCACGCCCUACUCGCAGGUCCACAAGCAGGACACCCGGAUCAGCAACAAUGUCUAUCAGCCGGCGGUGGCCAAGACCUUCAGCUAUGCCCCAGCUCCAGUUCCAGUCUCGCUUCCAGCUCCGGUCUACGCCCAACAGGCUCAUCAGGAACCAACCCAGCUGUUUACCCAGGCAUCGCCCGUUUACCAUCAGGCUGCUCAUGUCCAGACUCCAUCGGUUUACCAUCAGGCUGCUCAUGUAGAGGCUCCAUCGGUUUACCAUCAGGCUGCCCAUGUCCAGUCUCCAUCGGUUUACCAUCAGGCUGCUCAUGUAGAGGCUCCAUCGGUUUACCAUCAGCCUGCUCAGGUGCAGAGCUACCACCAACCUGGUCAUGUGGAGACACCCUCUGUGUACCAGCAGCACGCCCACUACAGCCAGCAGCCCGCUGUCAUCCAAUAUUCUCCGGCGGAGAGCGUGUCCCACAUGAGCUUCGAUGGUUUCGGUACCCACUACGGAUUUUAGGUGCUCAUUACUUAAGUUAAGGUUAUGCAUUGUAGCUUGUGUAUGCUUGUUAAAUAAAUUGUUGAACUAAA